AUGCCGCCACACAGUUAUCAUCUCGAUCAUAUCAGAGAUGAUCACUACAAAGAAGUACAAAAUCCUUUCCACCUCGACAAAGUCGUUUUGAAGCGACGAGAAGGGUGCAAAGUCGAAAUAUCAAUUAAGCCACUUUGCUCGACACAUAUUCAAGACAAAUUGCAAAUUGUCGUCGACAACGCGUUUAAUGGGAAACGAACAAUCGGAACACUGAGCAUGGAAAUCGCGACGGAAGUAACAACAAGUUUCAAUUAUUCAGAAGUCAAAGAAGAGAGUUAUUUGGGUGUUGGUGGGUUUGGGAUCGUUUAUAAAUGGACUUUGUUAUAA